AUGGCCUUUGAAGCUCAAGUAGAGGAGACAGUUGGGGGAUUCCAAGGGUUCUCUUUGGAAAAGGCCAAGAAUGAAACCGCCAAAGAAAACUUCAGGGAUGGAGAUGGACCACAGAGGCAGGAGGAAAGCCACACAGCCAAGAGGAUGGAUAAGCCCAUUCUGUCCGGAGGAGGAGGCUUCCGCAAAAUCCCAGUCCAAGAAGAAAGAUCACAGCUUCUUGUGCACCAAAGAACCCAUACAAGGGAGAAACCUUUUGAAAGCUCAGAGCGUGAAAAGAUAUUCAGUCACAGUGGCAGUCUUAAAACACAUCAAAGAAUCCAAACAGGGGAGAAAACCUUUGAAUGCUCAGAAUGUGGAAAGAGAUUCACUAACAAUAGCAGUCUUCAAACACAUCAAAGAAUCCACACAGGGAAGAAACCUUUUGAAUGCUCAGAGUGUGGAAAGAAAUUCAGUCAAAGUGGCAAUCUUCAAAUACAUCAAAGAAUCCAUACAGGGGAGAAACCUUUUGAAUGCUCAGAAUGUGGAACCAGAUUCAGUCACACUGCCAGUCUUAAAAAGCAUUUAAGAACCCACACAGGGGAAAAACCUUUUCAGUGCUCAGAGUGUGGAAAGAGAUUCAGUCAAAGUGGCAGUCUUCAAACACAUCAAAGAAUCCACACAGGAGAGAAACCUUUUGAAUGCUCAGAGUGUGGAAAGAGAUUCAGUCGAAGUGGAAGUCUUCAAACACAUAAAAAAAUCCACACAGGGGAGAAACCUUUUGAAUGCUCAGAGUGUGGAAAGAGAUUCAGUCACAGUGCCAUUCUUAAAAAGCAUUUAAGGACCCACACAGGGGAGAAACCUUAUGAAUGCCCAGAUUGUGGAAAGAGAUUCAAUCGAAGUGGAAAUCUUCAAACACAUAAAAGAAUCCACACAGGGGAGAAAGCUUUUGAAUGCUCAGAGUGUGGAAAGAGAUUCACUCAGAAUGGCAGUCUUCAAAUACAUCAAAGAAUCCACACAGGGAAGAAACCUUUUGAAUGCUCAGAGUGUGGAAAGAAAUUUAGUCAAAGUGGCCAUCUUCAAAUACAUCAAAGAAUCCACACAGGGGAGAAACCUUGGGAGAAAACCUUUGAAUGCUCAGAAUGUGGAAAGAGAUUCACUAACAGUAGCAGUCUUAAAACACAUCAAAGAAUCCACACAGGGGAGAAACCUUUUGAAUGCUCAGAGUGUGGAAAAAAAUUCAGUCAAAGUGGUCAUCUUCAAAUACAUCAAAGGAUCCACACAGGGGAGAAACCUUUUGAAUGCUCAGAGUGUGGAAAGAGAUUCAGUCACAGUGGCAGUUUUCAAAAUCAUUUAAAAACACACACAGGGGAGAAACCUUUUCCAUGCUCAGAGUGUGGAAAGAGAUUCAGUCGAAGUGGCACUCUUCAAACACAUCAAAGAAUCCACACAGGGGAGAAACCUUUUGAAUGCUCAGAGUGUGGAAAGAGAUUCAAUGUCAGUAGCAGUCUUCAAACACAUCAAAGAAUCCACACGGGG